AUGUGGAAGACGUUUUCGGCCGUACGAGCCUCGCUUUCGACCAUCUGCAGGGCUCUUCACAGUCCUCUUGGCCCCAGCAGUGUAAGAGUCAACUGGGUACUGACUGCAGUGAGGGCGGCGUCUUCAAGCAGUAGGAGACGCCUGCUCUGGGGUAGCGGUGUUUGCUUCUCAGGCCUUGCCGUGGCUUUCACGCUAGACAAACCAACUUCAUGCACAUGGAAGGCCGAGCCUAUAUCUGGUGUGAAAGCCUUGCGAGGUGCACCAUCUGAAAUGAGGUUGCGAAUGGAGAAGUUGUGUAUGGACCUCCAGGGUCAGUUGUGUGCUGAGCUUGAGCGGUUCGAGUCGGGGGACAAGAAGUUCAGAGUUGAUCGGUGGACUCGCGAGGAAGGUGGUGGAGGGAUAUCGUGCGUGUUACAAGACGGGGAAUCCUUCGAGAAAGCCGGCAUUAACAUCUCGGUGGUUCACGGAAAUCUCCCUCCGGCUGCGGUUGCCCAGAUGCGCUCGCGAGGAAAGGCCAUGCAAGAGGGAAAGCAGCUCCCCUUCUAUGCCGUGGGGAUCAGCUGUGUCGUUCAUCCGGUCAACCCCAUGGUACCAACCAUCCACUUCAACUAUCGCUACUUUGAGGUGAGUGACAGCUCGGGGAAGAUCCUCAGCUGGUUCGGAGGCGGCACAGACCUCACUCCUUACUACCUCAACGAAGAAGAUGCCAAGCACUUCCACUCCACGCUGAAACAGGCUUGUGACGCUCACGACAAGACCUAUUACCCCAAGUACAAGAAAUGGUGCGACAACUACUUCAAUAUCCCCCAUCGAAAGGAGCGACGUGGGAUCGGGGGAAUUUUCUUUGACGAUCUUGAGACUCCGACAAAGGAAGACUGUUUCAAGUUUGUGUCUUCGUGUGCGUCGUCUGUGAUACCGUCCUACGUACCUCUGGUGGAAAAACACUAUCGGGAUUCGUUCAAAGAAAACCACAUGCGCUGGCAGCAACUUCGUAGGGGGCGCUACACGGAGUUCAACUUGGUGUACGACAGAGGGACAAAGUUUGGUCUCCACACGCCUGCAGCCAGGAUAGAGAGCAUCCUCAUGUCUCUUCCCCUGACUGCAAGAUGGGAGUACAUGCAUGAGCCAGAGAAGGGGUCUCCCGAGGACGAGUUGCUGCAAGUUCUUCGGACGCCCAAAGACUGGAUAUAG